AUGAAUCGCUAUCGAAAUGCUCCCGGGCUCAGAGGCCCUACCAAGGCAACCCCCAGCACCUUGUGUCAAAAAUGCUUGAAACGAGAUACUUAUGAAUGUACCGUCACCGCUCAAGAGCGGCCGUACAUGUCUCGUCCCUCGCGCACGCAGCAGUUGCAGAACCCGAAGCUGCGGCCGCAACUCUCGGCCGACGUCCCCAGUGACUCUUCGCGCACGAAAGGACUAGCCACCGAAAUUCUCGCCAAGCGCGAGGAAGAACGCGGUCGCAAAAGAGACCUCGACGAGGCGGACCCUCUAGACAACCGUACGCAGAUGGCCAAACGAGCUCGGUCAGCAUCCUCCAGUUCCACCAGCUCUGUAGCGACAAUAUCAACCAGUCGGUCACACUCACGAUCCCCUCCUCGCCGUGGAGACUAUGGUACAAGAAGUAGCGAUGAUCGAACGAGAUCCGUCUCCUCGCACCCUUCCGGACAGAGAAAGAGACGCUAUAGCGAUGCCUCUUCCCACAAUUCGGCGGUUUCUUAUUCGUCGGGAGAAAGAGGGCCCCGGUCUCGGUCGCCUGAGUGGCAGGAUGACAGAAACACCCGGCGGAGGCGUCGAGAAUCCAGUCCCGAGGAACGAGGUCGGCCCCGACACAUGUCGCGGGAUCGUGAACGGCGGGAUCGGUCUCGAAGUCGAAGCGUUGACCAAAAUCGAAUCACACGGACGAGACGGUCGGUGACUCCGGAGAGGCUGCUUGAGAGUAACUAUCCGGACCCAAAGGAUCAUACAAAUCGUUCGGGUCCCUCGCAGAGCCAUGCCAGCAAUUCAGGCGGUGAUAGAAGCGGCCAGGGACGUCCGCGACGGGAACGGAGUCUCAGUCCUUAUAGCAAGCGCCUUGCGUUGACGCAGGCCAUGAAUCUGGGCGAUUAGGUGUCUUCGGCUUGGUGUUUUGAAUAGAAAAAGUACUGGGCAGGGAUGUGUGGGAGUUAGGCGUUUUCCUCUUUCGAGGCUCAUCAACGCAGGUUGAUUCCCCGAGGUUUAAUCAACGGGGGUCUGUACUAUAGUAAGACCAUACGGCGGGC